AUGGCAUUCAAGCUUAACCAUGUACACCUGAAGAGCCCCGACCCCAAGGAGACCGCCGACUUUUACGUUAACAGCCUUGGCGCUACCGUGGUGGCGGAGACGGCUAACGGUGGGUUCAGGCUGGACCUGCACGGCCUGCCGCUGAACGUGACUGGCAAGAUUGACAGCCAGACCCACGACCAGGUCUAUGGCAUCGAGCACAUCGCCAUAGAUACAGACGACAUCGAUGGCACCGUGGCAGCACUGAAGGCAAGCGGCGCGAAAAUUACGGAAGAGACCCAGGUAGGCAGCGGCCGACGGGUCUGCUUCUUUGAGGGGCCGGACGGGGUCUGCCUGGAAGUUUUGGAGAUGCAGGGGUAA